AUGUCAGACAGCGACGCUGAGCCCGUCACGGCUGUUGCGCCCGAUGCCAAGAUUGAACAUGCCCUGCGCAACGCCGUUCGCGACCUCUGGCUUUCCGGCGACCAUGAAAACCUGACCCUCAGGCGCGUGCGCAAGUCCGUCGAGCACCAGCUCGACCUGCCCGACAGCUUCUUCAGAACCGAUCGAGCCUGGAAGGUCCGCAGCGAGAAUGUCAUCACCGAUCAAGUCAGCGUGCAGGAACGCGAGGGCGGCGACGCCGCGCCUGCGGAGCCUGAGGUGCCACGGGCGAAAGCCCCCAGGCCCGCCGCCCGCCCCCAAAAGCCCCAGUCUUCGAUCAAGAAGGCUGCUCCUGCCACCAAGCCCACGGCGCGGAAGCGCCAGAAAAACUCCUCCUCGUCCGACGACGAGGCUCUGCAUAGCGACGCAUCCAAGUCUCCACAGCCGCCCACGAAGAGGAAUGUCAAGAAGCCCCGCGUGGUUCAAGAUGAUUCCGAAGAUGAAGGCGGUACCGCCCUAGAGCCGCGCCCAUCAUCAGGUGACGAAGGGAGCCCUCGGUCCAUGUCAGCCCACGUUGGCAACGGUGACUCAAAAGGCCAGGACAUGUCGACCAGUCCGGCUAGGGACGCGAAACCUGAUUCCGACAGUGACAUGUCUGUUCUGUUAGAUGAGCCCCCCAAGAAAAAGCAACAGAAGAAGGGAGCUUCUACCAAAGCCUCCAAGCCCGCCAACAACAAGAGCAAAUCCAACGACAAAGACGUCGACCCACAGGAAGCCGAAAUCAAGCGGCUACAGGGUUGGUUAAUCAAAUGUGGCAUUCGCAAGCUCUGGGGGAAAGAACUGAAGCCUUUUGAGACACCCAAGGCCAAGAUCAGUCACUUGAAGGAUCUGCUGAAAGAUGCCGGCAUGGAGGGACGCUACUCGGUCGAGAAGGCGCGCCAGAUCAAAGAACGUAGAGAGUUAGCUGCUGAUCUUGAGGCCGUCCAGGAAGGUGCAAAGCGUUGGGGCCAGUCGGAGUCGGAAGAAGAAAUUGGUGCCCGGCCCAAAAGAAGGCUUGCCAAAGGCCUUAAAGACUUAGAAGGCCUCAUCGAAAGUGGCGAUGAAGAGUCCCAAUGA